AUGAACUCAAUUAGAAACUUUCAUAUUUCCGAUUCUACCAAACCUUCUUUAUACCCUAAUAUAAAAAACUUGAACACUGAAUCAAAAAGAUUGAUUUUACAAAUUCUUUAUCCUACUCUCCAAACUCUUCUCACAAAACUUCCAUCAUUAUCUGUCUCCAUUAGAGAUGCGAAAUCAUCUAAUCCAUUAUUCUUACAACUUGAUGAACUAUAUUUAACAAGUCUCAUCAAAUUUGUUCCUAUUUCUUCCGAAAGUGAUUUGGAAAAACUUAUAGAGAGACAACACGAUUUAAAAUUCAGCAUAGAUGAUGAGACGAAACCACUUUGGAGAAUUGUGGUUGGCAUCACCAAUCUUCAAAAAUCAUCUGAAAGACCGGAAUAUGAUUUUUGUAUCUUAUUCUGUUGGCAUCACACUAUCGUUGACGAAAUAAGUUCCUUAUCAAUAAAUAAUUUAUUCGUUGAAACACUCAAUGAAAUCUUCAAAAGAUACAAAUCAAAUACAUCAACAAAAUUAAAGAAACUUCCGGAUUCUUACACUCAUGCUAUACUUCCAAUUCAAAGAUCCCCUCAAAGCUGUGGUCUGAUAGAACAUGCAAUUGACAUAGUUGAUGUGAAUUCUAGGAAUAUUCACUUUCAUAACAAGGUUAAAUUGGUUUCUUUAACCAUAGAAGAGGUUAGAAAAUUAAAAAUGGCUGCCAAAGAACAUGUUUCAAAAUUUAAUAAUAGAAUGGGAUUAUGGGAUUUACUUUCAAAAGAUAAAAUUUUAAAACAAUUGAUUAAUUGUCAGAAGAAACUUGUUGGUGAUGGUAAAAUUUGUUCUAUAUUAUAUUCAAAUUUAGAUCAAUUUAAUUCUUCUCUUUAUCCUCAUGAUGAUAUCCUUGAAUCUCCUAGUACUAGUGCUCCUUCUAUUAAUUUUACACCUUCUUCUCCUGAUUCUGAUAAUAAUGAUAGUUUAGUAGAUGUAAAUUUGGAUGAUCCGGAUUCAAAUGAUUCAAAUGGUUGGAAAGUUAUAGAUAUGAUAUUUUCACAAUCCAUGUAUUUGGUUGGGCCUGCACUUAUCGUAAAUUCUAUUUUUCAAGGUCAGAAGAUGAAUUUAUGUAUAGUUUAUCGGAUUGGUAGUGUUGAUGAAAAAAGUGUUGAUUUGUUUGCUGAAGGAUUGUUGGUGAACGUGGUGAAAUCGAUUUAG